AUGGGGGCCCAAAGCAGCAGCCUACUCUGGGCACCCCAGGCAUCCGGCCUGAAGAAGCUGUGCCAAGGACAGGGGCUGGAGUAUGCCCGCGCCCCGGCGGCGCAGCUGGCGUCCAUGCUCCUCGUGCUGAAUGAGCGCCUCGCGGAGCAGAGUGCCGCGGAGAGCUGGGAUGCGCAGGAGGAGGAGUGCCAGGCGCUGCUCCUCGCCGCGGGGCUCGUGGUCAAGCCGCUGCCGGGGACGAGCGCGGCCCCGCCCUUCACGGGCGAGGCGUGGCGCCACUCCGUCCCCGAGUCGGAGCUGGUGUGCGAGGAAGGCGAGGCGCCCUGCGCCCUGCCCUACAGCCCCGCGGCAGGGCGGCGCGUCGUCGACCCGCGCCGCGCGCACGCGGGCGAGUACGCCGCGCUCGGCGCCUGGGAGGGCUACUGGCAGGCGCUGGGCGUGCCGGGGUCGAUGCUUGGCGCGCCCGCGCAGCUGGACCAGCUGCGCGACGCCGCCCGGGCCAAGAAGCUGCGCUGGGGGUGCCCGGUGUACCGCGAGGGGGACGGCAUCUGGCUCCAGCUGCGAGAGGAGGCCUUCACGGCCGAGGAGGUGGGCUGGCCAGGUGCGGCGAUGCUGGAACCUCCGAACGCUGCCGUCCCCGGCUGGCUGCCACCUGCCGGGGACGGCGACGGCGCGGGGCCGGGCAACAACGGCGCCGCUCCAGGCCUGCGAGCCUGGUUGGGCGCCGAGGCACGGAAGUCCCGCGAGGCGCUCGCCGCCGCCGCCAGAUCCGUGCCCCUCCUGACCCGGGCCACGCCCACUCCUGACGCCGGGAAGUUCCGGCCCGUCCCGUCCUCCGCCGGCGAGGCCGCCACCCUGGCUGCGACGCGGCGCUGGCUUGAGUGCCUGUGA